AUGGGGGCGAAUAAGGUGGUCCAGAAGUCCAAGGAGGCCAAGAUGAAGGCCGCCAUGGCCGGCGGUAAGUCCCGCAAGAAGAAGUGGGCCAAGGGCAAGGUCAAGGAGAAGCUCGCCAACCUGGUCAUGUUCGACAAGGCCACCUACGACAAGAUGCUGAAGGAGAUUCCCAAGGCGAAGUUGAUCACACCCUCUGUGGUCUCCGAGCGUCUGAAGGUGAACGGCUCCGUGGCCCGUGUCGCAAUUCGACACCUGGAGGUCCAGAAGUCCAAGGAGGCCAAGAUGAAGGCCGCCAUGGCCGGCGGUAAGUCCCGCAAGAAGAAGUGGGCCAAGGGCAAGGUCAAGGAGAAGCUCGCCAACCUGGUCAUGUUCGACAAGGCCACUUACGACAAGAUGCUCAAGGAGAUUCCCAAGGCGAAGCUGAUCACCCCCUCCGUGGUCUCCGAGCGACUGAAGGUGAACGGCUCUGUGGCUCGUGUGGCCAUCCGACACCUGGAGGAGAAGAACAUGAUCAUGCACGUCGGCGAGAAGUCCAGCAAGCAGAUGAUCUACACACGCAAGAUCGGCGGUGGCGAGGACUGA